AAUAGAUAUGAAAUGUAUUGAAUUUAAGUAAAUUAUAUUAAAUGUAUUAAAUUCAUGGAUAUUUUAUGAAAUGUAUCUGAUUUAAGUAAAUAGAUAUGAAAUGUAUUGAAUUUAAGACACUCAAAAUGCAUUGAAUUUAGGACACUUGAAAUUUAUUAAAUUUAAGAUACUUGAAAUGUAUUGAAUUAAAGUAAUAUGAAAUAUUUUAGUGUACGUCGAGUGUAAUGUGAAAUGCUUUUGCAUUCAUAUAUAUUUCUUGUAUGUAAAUACAGUACCAUCCAACCCAGAAAAGGUGCUUAAAGUGAAACUCAAAAAAGAAAAAUCAAUGGAGUUCCACUCUGUAUUCUUCCUAGGAUUAAAGUCUUGACUGAUUUUUGGUUACUUUUCAGGCCCGUAGCCAGGAUUUGUCAAGGAGGGUUCACUUUUUAAAAUAUUCCAGGGGGGUUCACUUUUGAUAUCUUUGGCCCAAAAUGGCCAAAAUCAUGUGAAAGUGCUCAGACUGGUGAAAAACUGCAUGAUUUUGGAAGAAUUUUUGGCCAGGGGUCGCUUGAUCCCCCUGACUACGAGCCUGCUUUUUAUUCCUGUACCAUAAUAGCCUGUACAAAUUUUACAACCAUUUUGAAUGGCUUGGCUUGAUGUAUUAUAAGCCAUAUGACUGAUUGUCUCAUAUGACUGACUAAAUUUUUUACUAAAAAUGUAAAGAUGAUUAUUUUCCAAAUACUGUACAUGUAAUUGUAAGAUAAAAAAAAUUGUAUUAUAACUGAGGCUUAUAUUUUAAAAAGUAAUGAGGCGCUGAAAAAAACAUUGAAAUCUCCACGACAACAGGUGCAUGCUUUCGAUCCAUUUUUGAAAAAGUAUAGCAAUUUUAGUUGUAAAAUAUUCCUUCCGAUUUUGCGCUUGUAGUCCAAGCCUUUGAUUUUUAUAAUAUAAAUACUCGAUGUUUUUACCGUAAAAUGUACUUCAUACAUGUAUGUAUUAUCUUGUAAAUGUACUUCAUACAUGUAUGUAUUCUCUUGUAAAUGUACUUCAUACAUGUAUGUAUUCACUUGUAAAUGUACUUCAUACAUGUAUGUAUUAUCUUGUAAAUGUACUUCAUACGUGUAUGUAUUAUCUUGUAAAUGUACUUCAUACAUGUAUGUAUUAUCUUGUAAAUGUACUUCAUAAGUGUAUGUAUUAUCUUGUAAAUGUACUUCAUACAAGUAUGUAUUAUCUUGUAAAUGUACUUCAUACAUGUAUGUAUUAUCUUGUGAAUGUACUUCAUACAUGUAUGUAUUAUCUUGUAAAUGUACUUCAUACAUGUAUGUAUUAUCUUGUUAGUGUACUUCAUACAUGUAUGUAUUAUUAUCCCAUCGAACGAAGUUCGGAGGGAUAUAGGGAACGCCUCCGUCCGUCCGUCCGUCCGUCCGUACAUACGUCCGUCCGUCCGUCCGUCCGUCCGUACGUCCGUCCGUCCGUCCGUCCGGGCAAUAACUCAAAUACCGCUGACCCGAUUUUGUUCAUAUUUUGUACACAUAUACCCUAUGGGGAUAGAAGUUCUGCUCGAAAGCCGAUUUUCAAAAUGGCCGCUCAUUUCAAAAUGGCGGCCAUUUUAGUGCCUAAUUUACAGUAAUUUAGGUGCAAUAUGUAAAACUGUAAUAGCAAUAUGUUUUAGAUGUAAAAAAAAUAUAUGGGACAUUAAUAAAGCUAGAAAUGUAGAUAUUAAAGAAGCACAUGGCAGCCAUCUUGAAAAAUGGCGGCCUUUACUCGUUAUUUUACGAUUUUUGCUGUAACUCGAAAAGUAGUGGAGCGAUUUUGUUCAUAUUUUGUAUGUGAAUACUAUAAACAUUGCACACUGUCUAAAGACACUUUUGGUAGAAAGUGGCCAUUUUAAAAAAUGACCGCCAUUUUGAAA